UUUAUGUUCCUCAUCGUGCCCAAAGUAUCGCUUGUUUUCUGAUUGUCUUGCUGGAUUCUUGCAAGAUCCGACAAUUUCCAGUAUGCGUUCCUCAUUUACAUGGCAUUUCAGCCUGGUGCUGUUCCCAGUGAUCUGUCGUUCAACCGUUCCAGCCGCUACUGGUGAUAUGUGCUUUGCGGACGACGUGCGCGCGACUAUCCUCAAUGAUGUGCUCUACUUUAUGGGAGGCACUUACUCAUUCGUGAAUGGCGAUACAACAUCUAAUGAAAAAUUCCUGUACUACCUCAACCUAACGACAAGUUUCCCAGUCGAAGGCUAUAUACCUGUCAACUCUCUGCACUCCAUCCCCGUACCAUCUUUUGUCGAAUCCACAAAUCAAGGCGCCUUCUUUACAUCCGGAGAUAUAUUGUACUCCUACAGCACCGGUUCUGCCUUCCCAAAUGCAACGGACACCAUCAUAUCCUACAACACCGUUACAGAUACGUGGUCCAACUCAAAGGUCUCCGGUGGUGCGUUCAAUAUCGCAGGUCGCAAUGGUGGUUUUACAACCACCAAUCUGGACACGGGAAUGGGUUUCUAUUUGGGAACGGGAUCCCCGGGGGAUCAAAACGGGUGGAAUCUUCAGGGAUUACUGGUUUUCAAUGGCUCUGACUCCAAUGCCCUUAAAUGGGCGAACCAAACAGACAACGCACCAAACAUUGAUACCGGUAGCAUGGCGUACAUUCCAUUAUCGAAAGAAGGAGUCUUGCUCGCUUUCGGGGGCGUCGAUACUACUGCAACAAGUGAUUUGUUUCAGAACAGUUGCUGCUAUGGAACUAGGGACAUGUCAAUCAUCAACGUAUACGAUAUCGCUACAAACACCUGGUAUUCAGUUACAGCAUCCGGCCAAAUCCCACCCCAACGCGAGCUAGCAUGCUCUGUUGUCUCGGCGAGUCCAGAUAGCUCUAGCUUCCAAGUUACCAUGUAUCAAGGCUGGAAUCUACUAAAAGGCCAGGCAUUUGAGGAUGUGUAUGUCCUUACAAUACCUUCAUUCCGCUGGAUCAAGAUUAGUGAUACGGGAAAUACCGAGCAGGAGCUGGGGCAAAUCACUGGCAGAUUUGGUGGUGCGUGCAGUAUUUGGAACGACAGACAGAUGAUUGUGGUUGGAGGAGGUUUCAGGAUUGGAGACACCCAGGUCAAUGGAGGGACCAGUUGCAAUACGUCGUAUCCUGCUAUAAGAGUGUUGGAUACGAGUACCUAUGCUUGGCAGACUCAGUUUCAGUCAGAUCUGGGAGCAUACGAGGUGCCGGAACCGAUGUAUAAUCUAAUUGGUGGGAACUUAUUCUGUAGUGCAUCAGGUGGAGCCACAGCCACUGGCCCAGUAGGUGGUUUCAACAACACCGAUCUAAAUAAGAUCUUUGCCCUCACUAUUAAAAGUCCCACAUCAACCAGCAAUACACACUCGUCAACACCAACAUCAGCAACAAACAGUUCAUCGCCAAAUUCCUCCAAUAGCCCUACACACAAAUCAACUCCAAUCGGGCCUAUCGUUGGCGGUAUUAUUGGUGGCAUCGCAUUCCUCGCGUUCGUAUGUGGCGGUAUUUGGUGUCUAAAUAGACAUCGUCGCCGACCAGACUCUGGUACCAUCUCGAGCACGAACACAUAUAAAAAGGCGGAGUUGGAUGGAAUCGGGGAAUAUAGAAAAACUGUAGGAGAAAUGGGAGUAGGCAAAGAUGUUGAACGGAGUGAGUUGCCGGGUCGAGAAAACGGAGCAGGUCAAGCUUUAGGACGGGGUGAGUUGCCGGGUCAAGAAUUAGUAUACGAAUUACCCGAUAGAAGGCCCUAUUGA